AUGGAGGCAAUGGAUGAACGGCAUUUACUGGACAUCGUAGACAAUGUAGAAGAGGUACGACGUCGGACUGAUCAAGACGAGGUGACACCACCCACCGAACGCCGUGUAGAAGUGUUCUUAGGAACAUGCGACAGUAGAGGAGUCAGUGGAGUUGGUGUUCACGUCUACACGAAUAUGGCAAUGAACGUCGACUCUUUUAAACGGUUUAUAACCCAAAUCGGACGUUUACGGUUGAGAAGAUGUGGUUCAACGCCAGCUUUGACAAAUUUCGUCGCUCACGCUCCAACAUCAAGCUACGAAGAGGAAGAAGUCGAAGUUUUCUAUAUGGAUCUGGAGAAGUUCUACAGAGAAGAUCAUACCUUCUAUAAAGUCAUAAUAGGUGACGUCAACGUCAAAAGUGGCACCGGAAGAACGCCUGAAGAACUUCAUAUCGGAAUCCAUGACUUUCAAUGGAUUGAAAGCCCUCCUCUCCACGCUGGACGUGGGAGUCACCCGAUGAAGGGCCUCAUAAUGAAAUUGACCACAUCAUCGUCAGUAAAAGAGCUGAUACGUCAGCUUGAAGCUGCACGAGCUGCAGGAAACGAAGAAGACACGUCCGAGCUCGCAAAGCUUUCCGGAGAGGCGAUAAAAGAAAGCCUCAAAGAGAGAAGAGCAGAAAUGUUGGCUGAAGUUGGAGACACGGAAAAGAAUGUUCGCUACUCUCGUUGGAACUUCGCCAAUCGUAAUACAAUAAUGACUGCUCUUCGAACUCCAGGUGGAACAACUACAGCGUCAAGAAGGGGGAUGAAAAAGAUCAUUCACGACUUUUACUGA